AUGAAAAGAAAAAGCGAAGAGUCAAAGGAGCAGGCGCAGGACGGAAGCAAGAUGCCGCGGCGCGAGCACGACGAGGAGGAAUUUUUGAGGAGACGACGGAAACGCAUGAUCCACAUCGAGUUUGUCGACACGAACAGGGGCUUCGAGGUGGCCCGCCCGGCGGGCUCCUACCUGUCGACGAUGGGCGUGCCGGGCAGCAAGGGACUUCGGCACAAGCUGUACCCCGAGGAGACGCUCUACCUGCGUGAGACGGGCGCCGCCUACGUUACCGACAAGGCGGGCAACGAAUUGACGACGGCUCAGCUCCAUGGAAUCGCGCUCAAUCUCGUCCCACACACCCACUUCACCGCCUACCGCGAGAUUCGGCGCAGCGGCUUCGUGAUCGUCCGGAAAAGGUUCGAUCCGUCGGUUCACGGCCUUCCAACGACUAGCACUGCAUCGAGCGCACUUUCUGAAGAAGUUGCGGAAACGCCCGCCGAGAGGGUUCAGCUGAAGCCGUUCCCGCGCCGGCUGCUCGACGAUUUCCCGAUGAUGAUACGCGAGGGCCAGCUGGAGAUGAAAAACUUGGCGGCCGACGAUGCGCUCAACCCGGUAGGCCAUGCCGUCGAAGCUAACCUGCCGCUCAGUCCAACGUUGUUGCGCUUCAGUUCUUUGGCCGGAAGAAAGGACGCGAAACGACUUGCUCGCCGUCUGGCGCCUGGCUAUUGGCCAAAUCUAGAGCAUAUUGCCCGUACCGCCACCGAUUGGGCCGACUACCGCAAGCGUGCCCUCGCCGCCAUCAACAAUGCCCGUGAGAUGCGCACGCGAAACAGUGCAAGG